CUCUGCCCUGUGGAUGGUUAAUGUAGAAAAGACAACGGGAUCAAAACAUGAUGUUAUUUCCAUCAUUAGCCACAGCACUGGUACCCAUCCAGACAACACUGGCACUUCUGCUCUAAGCCAGGUAUCCUGUCUCUCAUUUGAGGCUUUACACAGAAACUUUGGCGUAUCGAUGACUGUCACUGCUAGCUGGUGGGUGGAGUGAGUACUCAACACGCAAGUUUGCAGUAUCACCACAUGGGCCAGCGACAAGCUUUUUCUCUUUUACUGACAGAGAAGUGGUGGGCAUUGUCCCCAUCACAGAGAGCAACACAAUUAUCAACACGGCCAUCUUGACGAGCCAGCCUGUGUCACUUCCUGUCAUUGUCCUAGCAGUGGGCCUUGAUGGCAAAGUAUCAGGUGUUACCAAAGCGGUCAAGUGUCAUUCAGCCAAUGAAGAUAUUGUCAAGGUGUCUCAUGAUUGCUCUGUGCUUUUUGUGGAUGGGAGUGAAUCAGGAAGGGGCAGGAUCUGUGUGGAGCUGGAGUUUUUUUGGGGAAUGCACAGUGGCUCUUUGUGCUUGGCUGUGUGGGCUCCAAUAGUUCCACUGCGUGUGUCUCUUUCUGACUCUGUCCUGAGUCCCAUCAAAGGCUGGAGCUACUACAGUGAGAGCGGGUGUGAACCAGUUUAUCAGAGGUCCACUAUACAGAUUUUGGCACAAUUCAGUGCCCAAUCAGCAGCUCAAAGCCAACCAACCUACAUGCUCGGAUCACCGGAUUGGUUUGUGGAUGUGACUGAACUUGUCCGAGACUGGCUGAGGAUAGAAAACCCGUAUAUUGCUGCUCUUGAUAAACAAAAACAUCUAAUUGGCUUGAAGCCUGGAAUUACAUCAUUAUAUGUGAUAUCAAGUCAGUGGGAUGGAGUGCUUGGAAGUGCUAAUGUCACUGUAUCCUCUGAACCAGUCACUCCUGGUGACCUCUCAGUUCAGUUGGUGGGAGGGCUUGGCCUGUCCAUUAAUUCCAGCCCAUCUCAUCCAUCUAUUGUCACAGCAACAGUGAAUGCUCACAACACACUGUACAACCACGGGCAAGAAGCAUCCAUCAGUGUUUGGAUCCAGUUUGAUGAUGACACCACCAUACCUGUCUAUGCCUUUAGUGGGAUUCCCUAUAUUCUCCGGCUCUCCUCUUUGGCUGAGUCUGUGGUUGCUGUGACACCUGCUCCAUCCCAGCGCAUUUUAGCACAAGGUGAUGGCGGAGGGCCUCUUGUGAAAGCCGAACUUCUGGUUUCCACUUGUGAACCAACAUUUAACCACGCCGAACCGGAAGUAAUCCAAAAAGGAAGUGAAGCAAAAAGAUUGUCUAAAGGCUCUGGCUGGAUAAGGGUGAACUUGAACAUGGACUUUUGGCCAAUGGGAAGUGAGGAAACCAACUUUGAGAUGCAUGAUGUGACUGAUAUGUUUGUUGACUCCAACAAGGAUCUGUAUGAUAACUUUGAAGAUCAGCAAAAUAUGAUAAAUUCCACAAGUGUCUAUGAUGUUGAUAAUGACUUGUUCAGAAGAAAUGACUUGGAGCAGGCGGUUUUGAUUCCCACCCAUAAAGAGAGUGCCGUGUAUUUAUCUCCUGGGGUGGAAAAAGAGAGGAAAGAGGUUAAAACUGCUGAUAGACAGGUAGAGAUUGGCAUUGGAGCUGUCCUUUCUCUUCUCUGUCUCUCUUCUCUCCUUUUCCUGGUCAACUGCCUGCCAUGUGCACUGAGAGAACAGAGGCACAGAGAAAGUCGAGAGGGAAAUGUAAAAGACACUGUGGAAGAAGACGAGGAAACUGGAGAAGAGCAAGAAGAGAAGGUAGAGGGAAAACAGUGUGAAGUGGUAACGGGAUAGGACAGAGG